UAAUAACCAAGACUCAAGACGUACCUAGAAUGACCACUAGAUGGCGACGUAUUCGCUACAUUUGCACACCCUGGCGUCAUGAACGGCAUAUUACAUUUAAAUAAGACGCACAGUACCAUGUACGACCGUUACAAGUUGAGGCUCGACACGAAGAAAUAGUUGGAGAGGAAAGGGAUGAAGUUCCAGUGCGGCACUAAUGCAGCGGAAGAAAAUACGUUUGAUGUAAACAUUGAGUGCACUUGUCAGUAAGUAUCACACAUUUUCUAAGGAAACAUGGAUUUGAUGGCGAGACUAGCUAAAACGAGGGAAGCUGAAGAGAAACAGAAGGUAAUUGACAAGGCUAAACAGAUAUCUAAGAUAGAAGUUCAGCUGGAGGAAAAGUCACGAAAGUUGGAAGCAUCCAAUAAAGAAAGGGAUAUACUUGAGAAAGAGCUCAUAACUACCAGAUCAGAAUUGGCAGGAAUUAAGAGGACAUUAGAAUUGGAACGACAAGAAAGGAAGGAUUUGGAAACUCGUGCACUUGGAUUGAUAAGAGAUGCCAAACGCAAGUGGGAGAAUGCAGAGAAGGAUAAGAUAGCACAAUUAAACAAGCAUAUUGAUGCACAAACUGCUAGAGUUACAGAAUUAUGUACGAGCAAUAAUGAUAUGAGUUCUCGUCUGCAGAGGACAGAGUGUGAACUACAGACAGCGAAUGCAGAAUUGGAUAAAUUGCGUGUGUUCCAAACACAGUAUAAGGAAUCUUUGGCAAAAACACGUGAAUUAAACAGACAAAGUGUUCAGGGUGUUGAAAUUAAGCUGGAGGAGAUAGCUGUGCGCAGUCAUAAUCAACUGUCUGAUUUGCGUGCGAAAUUGGACUUUGAGACAGCGAAGAAUACAGAUCUCGAAACUAGGUUACGAAGUGAGCAGGAUUCGAAUCACUGUCGGGAAUCGAGAUUGAACGUCGCCUUAGAACUUGCUCAAAAUGAACUAAAAGAUUGUCAAGAACAAUUACGUACUAUACAAGCUACAUUGCCGGCGAGAGAUGCCGAGAUUGAAGCUUUACGUAAACAGUUGCAAGAUAGGACGAAUCAGAUAGACGAUUUGAAAGUAUCUGAGAAGAUGCUUACAGCAUUGCACGAACAACUGGAGAGAAUAAAUCUUGAAAACGAGCAGUUGAAGCAGCAGUUGCAAGUCACCAAAUCUGAUCUAAAUGAAACCAUGUUGAAUCUGGAGCAAAGCGAGGCACUUGCCUUAAAUUUAGAACAAGCAACACAAGAUAAGGUUGUAUUACAGAAGAAAUUAAAGGAUUCUUUGGAAAAAGAAGAGGAACAAAUGCGUAAGGUUGGAAAUUUAGAGGAACUGUUAAAACGUUUGGAACAUAGUGUCACAAAGUUGGAAACGGAAAAUGCUAAUCUUAGACGAUCAGGCAAGAUAGAACAGUUUACUUCUCGUGCAGUAAUCACUGAAGCUACAAGUACAAAAAUCGCUCAUCGACCGGAAGAAAUGGAGAAACUGCAACAGCAACUUCAGACCUUAAGGGAGGAUUUAGCAGCUGAAAAGCAGGCGUUGAAACAAGCCCAGUUGACUCAGUGGAAGAAAGAUAAGGAAUUGUCGGAUGCCAAUUUGGAUAAACGUAUAGCUACGAGGGAAGCUAAGAGAGCUGAAGAAAAAAUCAAAACGUUGCAAGAAGAGAAAAAAAAGUUACAAGAGAAAUUAAUGAGCAAAGCGAAAGAGGAAGAAGAAAAUUCCAAGAAACUCUUAAAGGAGUUGGAAAUUGCGAAAGCAUCGUUGAACGAUAUCACGAGAGAAGCAUCUAGAAAUAAAAUGCAAGCCGACUCGGCUCAAAGGGCUUUAACUCAAGCUAAUCAUCAGAUCGAGGAACUUCAAUCUUCGAGUGCGUCGUUACGUAGGGAAUUGGAUGCGGUUCGUAAGCAAACGCGACUGAAUCAAGAUCGCACCGAUAAUCUGAGUAGCGAAAAUAAACGUUUGACACAAGCUGUCACCAGACAUAAUGAAGAGAAGACUGAACUCGAAACUAAAAUAGCGAAAUUGGAGCAAGAUCUUAAGAGCUUUGAGGUAAACAAUGAGUUCUUGAAAGAUACUUGCACAUUAUUGGAGGAGCAGUUGACGGACUUUGAGAAAUUAACAAAUGACCAUGAAACGCGCGAGAACACGCUGAUUCAGGAUAAAAUGAAGCUGCAAAAGGACUUGGAAGCCGCCGAGACGAAAGUGCGCGAGGUGCGCAUCGCGCAAAAUGAAGAGAAAAAGCGGCGGCUAGUGGCGGAACGUAAUGUUGAGCAAUUGGAAUCGGAGACGAGCGACAUAGAGAGCGAAAGGGACAGUCUUAUCGCUCAGAUAGACCAGUACAAGGAACUUGUGCAAGAACUCAAUACGCAAGUAGAGGAGUUGACCGCGAAGUGUGACGAAAUGGAGUGCGACCUGUCGAAGACUCGUCGCGCUUUCGAAGAGUCUAAAGUGGAAUCGAGAGUUGUGAAGGAGGAAGCUAGCAAAUACUUGACGACAGUUCACGAGCUGAAGGAAGCGAAUUUCGAGCUUAUGUCCGAUCUGCAGAAGAGUAUAGACCAAGGACAAGAGUUGAGGUUGCGGAUAGCGGAGUUAGAGAACACCUGCGGGGAAAUAAGACAGUACUAUCAGAAGUAUUAUCAAGAUGGGGAGGUGCAGGCAAAGAUUACUAUACAACAGCAGAAUAAGUUGAUCAAUUAUUUGCAACUGAAGCUGGAAGAAUCCAACAAGAAGAGGACCAUGUGCGACAAGAUACUCGGCACCAAGCAGAAGGAAAACGUGGCCCCGACAGGCACGGGAAUGCUGGUGGGUUAUCGCGAGUUAGAGGACCAACUCGCCAAAGAGCGAGCAAAGGUAAAAACGCUGAUGGAUCAGUUGUUAGUCUUGAAAGCUAUGACCGUAUCGGCGCCCACGUCCCCCGUAUCACUAGAUAACAAGCAAACAGCCAGAGGCGCUAUCACGGAGAGCAGCAGUUCCUUAAUCAGAGGAUUAUCCCCGCAAAGGAUAGGGCACAACAUCCCGCAUAGAUUCGACGUCGCAUUACCGAUGCGCGCUGGCAAGUGUGCAGCGUGCUCGGAGAGUAUACAAUUCGGAGGACGCGCCGCGAUCUGCAGCGAGUGUCAGAUCAUGACGCAUCUGAAGUGCGCGCUAUCUGUACCUGCUAGUUGUGGCUUACCGAGUGGUAUUCCGAAGUACUGUUGCAAGACUCGAGCCAGCGACGAGAGUUUAGUAUCGAUAGGAGACAGUGUUCAGACGUUGUCGAUAGAUCAGCCAGAUCACCUAGACCCCGAGCCACAAAACACUCAGCAUAAUAAUGACGAUAAGAAUGCUGUUGGAAUAGAAGGAUGGGUGAAAGUUCCCGGCAGAACACAAUCUUGUUGGGAAAGAAAAUAUUUGAAAUUGGAAGGAUCAUAUUUAUGCGUUUACGAGCACCAACCUUCUCCAGGAAUGGCACCUAUAAAUCGAUUAAACUUGAUGGAGAACAGCGGAUUCAAUGUUUCCGAGACAGUGCAACAGCCUGAUGUAUUGGGAACAGCAAAAUCCGACGUGCCGUUUAUUUUCCGAAUAGAAUCGAAUUCCACGACUACUUGCUGGCCUUCGUCCAGAUUAGACGUGAUGGCCUUGAGUCAAACUGACAAGAAAGAAUGGUUGAAAGCCCUGAGGACCAUUACCAGUCAGUGUUUGUACAGUGCACCCAAGUGUAAAAGAAAAUAUGAAACUGUACUCCGAUUAGAGAAACAUCAGUUGGAUUUAAACUGCGUGGUAGAUCUGCCUACAGAGAAUGUGCUUUUGUUAGGUGCAAAAGAGGGCUUGUUCUCGUGUGCUCCCUGCAAGUCUCGUACGCUCACUACGAUACGAGGUGUCAAGUUUAUACACCAGCUCUCUUUGUAUCCUCAAUUGGAUAUAGCUUUAAUGAUAGCCGGUGAAUAUAGAGAACUGGUGUACUGUAACUUGAGGCUGCUGAAAAGUAACGCGUUAGCUGCUGACUGUUCCAGGCCAGCGAUCAGUACGAGAAGUGUACUAUCUUCUUCCGACAGUUGUCAUCUUUAUCAGAUGCACAGCGAAAUACUAUGUGCUGCAACCGAAUCUCAUAUAAUAUUACUUAAAUGGAGAAGUGGAGAAGAUUUUGGAGAUUUUAUUGAGCUUCGCGAAUUCGAGACGCAGGGACCCUGUAACUGCGUGAUAUUUACCUCGAAUCUACUUAUCGUAGGAUGUCAUAAGUUCUUCCAGAUUGAUUUGCAAACUUAUAAUGUAAAUGAAUUCCCAGAUAAAGAUGAUAGCUCGGUCAAAGCAGGACUAUCAGGUGCAGCUAAACUUGGUAUUUUCCCUGUUUGUAUCCUGAAUAUCUCUAAUACACAUGACGCCACUGAACUGCUACUGUGUUAUAAUGAAUUUGGCAUAUUUGUGGAUGAAACUGGUAGAAGGACUCGCGCCGUUGAACCAACGUGGAGCCACUUUCCAUUUACUUUCGCAUUCUGUAAACCAUACUUAUUUAUUAUUUACUUUUCGUCCGUUGAGAUAAUAAAACUCGAUUCGGAGGCGUAUUGUACACUGGAGAAAAAUCCCGAACGUACGUUAAUCGAAUUGUCUAGUCCACGUUAUCUAGGCAUGGCUGCCUCAAGAGGAAUUUAUGUGACGGCUAUGAAUUCUUACCUCGAUUUACUGAAGAUUGAUGGUUCUAUGCCAACAUUGAACGGCAGUUUAACAAGUCUAGAUACUCUAACUCAAGAAAACGAAAGUAGCUCGGAAUUCAGUUUUACUUCAAGCUUAAUGGAGGCUUUAGAUGGACAAGGAAAGAAAGUACACUUUGCUGGUGUGCAAAAAUAUUAAAAUAUUAAUAUACAUUUUCACCAUAUGACAUUUAAUUUUAUUAUUAUUUCCCGGACGUAACGUUUACAUUGGAUUAUAAUGUCAAAAGCGAGAAAUUAAUUUGUAAUAUGUGAUUUAUUGAUAAAUAAAUAUAUAUUUAUAUAUAUAUUUGGAUCUGUUACAACAUAACGCAAACAUGAUGAAAUAGAAAGUUCUUGGUGUUUCUUACUAAUUUAUAUCAAUUAAAACUUGCCAAAUAAUAUUAUCGAAUAUGACUGCAAAAAUAUAUAGCAUAUGGAAAAAUAUUGCUACGUUGCACAGAAAAUAAAAUUCAAAUAAUUUCUCGCAAUGACCUCAUAAGUUAAGAAAAUAAUUCUCUUGAUGUCAUAAGAAGUCACAAGAAAUAGUUUAAUAAUUUAUGAAGAACCUGGGGUACUAUUCCGUUUCCGCAUACAGACUGUUGAAUCGGUAGAUGUUGCGCAACUCUUUAUACUGUGGAAAAACGCAAGUGGUCGUUGCGCAACGACGUCUACCAAUCCGACAACUGUCGGAACCACGGUAACGGAAUACCAGCCUUGAAUUAGUAUUAGAAAACCAAAUCUCAAAUGUUUCCUGAUGAUAUUAAACUCAAUAUAUUUUAGCUUUAGUUUCUUGGAGUACAAUCACAAUAAGAGUAUAAAAAUAGCUGUUACUAACAAGUAACAAUAAUAGUACUUAAGUGAUUAUAUUAUGUAAAUUAAUAUUAAUAACAAAGGAAAGAGAGAUAGAGAAAAAGAGCGAGAGAUCAAUUACGUAAUGAUAAUGAUAAUAAUAAUAACAAUAAUAAUAUAUAUCUUAUGUAAUAGUAAAAUUAUUGUAUUUUUGUAGUCUUAAACACGUACGAAGACUAAAAAAAUAUAUACUUAUGUGGUACUUUAAUAACAAUAUAUAUUAUUAUCAGAUAUAUGAUUCAUCUUGUAUUAAUUUUUUCUAGAAACAUAUAGAUUAGUGCUUAUAAAUAAUCUAUGCACACAAGCAUUAUAUAAUAAAUUGAAGUAUGUAAAUAAUCUGAAAUAUUACGUGAUAUUACACUUAAACGUACCGCAAAAAAUAAAAGCUAAGGUUCACGUGUUACAAUGCGUUAUAUAUUAACACAUACUUAACAAUACCAGGGCAUACAUUAUGUAAAAACAUGCGAUAUCCGGCAACUCUUGACUUCUACGUCAGUAAACGGAUUUCAUUAUCACUUUCAGACAGCACACGAAAAAGUCUCCUGAAAACCUUACUCGUAAUUUGUUAUAAUUAAAUUUGCAUUGUCUUGUAAUAAUAUGAAAAUAUGUGCAAGAUAUAUCUUUUAACAUUGAAAUUACCAAAGCAGUCAAAACGAAUGGUUCGUAAUUUAUAAUAAAAAAAUACGCAAAUCUAUAACGUGCACUUAAUGUCUUCAAUAAAUAAAACUAAACGAA